AUGUGUUCAGUUUGUAAGUUAUCAUGAGAUAAUGUAUAUUUUGUUAUGAAUUGCUGCUUCUGCGUCUUCCUGCAGGGCGUAUGUGUGCUGGGGGGCGUAUGUGUGCUGGGGCGUAUGUGUGCUGGGUGGGCCCCCCCUUCCCUGGCCACCUAUGCCAAUGGGGAGGCAGGUGGGGCCUCUCAGAAUGGCAUGGGAACCUUGGGUUGUGGACCAAUUUCCCUGAUCAUCCUGAGAGGGUCGGAGAAGAUGUGGCUGGGCUCCCUCAAAGGAGAAAAGGCAGAAAGGGGAGGGGGCUCCCUGAGGAUCUGCCUGGGUUGGGGCUGGUCCUCCUUUCACCUGUUCCAAGAAGGGAGCAGGAGUUGGGGGUGAAGCAGCAAGUUCUUCUGGCUGGCAGAAGCCCAAGAAGAGGGAAAGCAAGGGCUCCCAAGGAACCUCCGAAGCGAGGAUGGGCAAGAAAGUAGUGCCCAUGGUUUAGCGUACAGUGAUGGGGGGGAGCAAAAUUUCCUACCAUUACAUCUGUGCUGGUGGAGUCUGAGCUGGUGAUGACUGACUGGGGAAGAGGUAACAGAUUUCCCUCAUAUGUGGCAGCUGUGAGAAGGCAGGUCCCCCCUCCCAGGGAUCUUUAGGAAAGGGGUGGGAAAUAAAAACUGCUUGGAACAAUCCUGCUCCUUAAGGCCUCCUUGCCUGAAAUGCCUCUGAGCAUCUUCCAGUCAUCUCCCUUGGCCUCAAGGGAAGAACCUUGUUCCCAGAGAGCCAGGAGGAUGUUGCACUCAGCACAGACCCACCACUUCCGUCCAAGAGGCAGGCAGUCGACUUUGCAGGUGGUUGGAUGGUCCCGGCACUAAUCUCUUGGCUAGCCAUUGUUAAUGCAUUUACCGUAAGAGCAAGACAGAGAGGUUUGCCUGUCCUGUCUGCUUGCACGGCUGCUGUUGGAGCUCCCCUUGCACUGGUACCCAAGCUUGCUUUAUUUUUGUACUCCUGGGGGGCUUGUGCUGCAGCCAGUUAGAUUAAAAAGACUUGCUUCAUGGGGCUGCAUCAGACUGCUAUGGAAACCUAACAGAGGGCUGUAGAUUAGACGAGGGGAACAGUGACUAGGAUCAGAUGGGCAGAUUCAAGGGAGGCUGCAAGUGUGUGACUUUCUACUCAGUCCUAACGUGCAUUCCAGGUUGUAAAACCUAAGCUAAAAGCACUCUGCAUAUUAAACCACUUUACAAAUCUUCUUUGAAGCUUAAACUGAGCAGGACCUUUCCGGCAGAAAAGCUCACACACUUUGUUCAGAAACCACUUUGCCCUGUGGCUUUUGGAAGGGCAGAGCCAGAUACCCUGUUGGCUGCCUGGGCUUCUAAGCGAGGUGAAUGCCUUCUCCCCUGCUGAAAUUGCUGGCCUGGCCACUGCUGACCAGAGCAGAGCACAAAGCAGCUCUUGGCCCUCCGCUCCCCAAGUGACUUGCAACCAGACAUUGGUCUGCUGAAGACUGCGUCUGCUUUCCCAGGGGAGUGAGUGCCUCUUGAGGGUCUCUCCCCAUCACACAGGAUUCCUGCCAGAGUCCACCUCCCCUCCUCUCUCCUAGGAGGUGCUUCUCAGCUUCUCAGUUCUUUGUUCCUGGGUCUGGGGGAGUUUAAAGAGAGGCAGUCCCUCCCUCUGCCACCUCUUCCAUGGUGGACUGGCUCUUGCCUCUUUUUCUACUGGCAGGGAAGCGCCUUUGUCUUUCCCCACUUGUAGGCAACCACAUGCAAAUCAGCUUCCAAGUGUAGGUGCCAAAGUGGCUUUUACUAGUUCCUGUUUCCUUGCCUUCAAAGGGAGCUCUGUCCCUGAACAGAGGAGUGUUGGCCUCUCUGCUCCCUUUCACAGGACACUUCCCUUGUCAAGAUGGGCAGUAGUUUUCCCAGUCAAAAUUCAUUCUUCUGCAAGCCAGAUUGCAAUCACAAGCAGGCAAUUGGGUGGAUGGUGCAAAUUUUGCCAUGGAACAAAAAAAAGGGUAAAGGACCCCUGCAGGGUUGGAAGGGAUCCCAGGGAUCAUCUAGCCCACCCCCUGCAAUGCUGGAACCCGUGGACAUCCAGUGAAGCCGAAUGGGAGAUUCAGGACAGGUUGGGAGGUUCGUCCAACUUGGAUGGCUUUAAAAGAGGCCACAAAUUUCAUUGCAGACCCGGUUCAAUGGCUGCCAGCUGGAUCGCUAUGCUCUGCCCUCGGGGUCCGAGGCAAAAAUGCUUCUGAGUACGACAUGCUGCUGCUCUCAGGUCUUGCUUGGGGGGCUUCUUCCCUUUCCGGAGCGCCUAGUGAGGAGACUGGAAUAGUUGGGCCUGAUCCAGACAACGCGUAAGCUGUAAUGACACAGUGGGCAAUGGACGCUGUGAUAAGAAUAGGGUGCCCGUACAUAAGGGCACCCUGGAAAUGCACGGAUCGAAGGGCGCACUGUGCCCCCCCCCCCCCCGCGCAGGAGGGAGCCGGCCAGGCGUUGCAAAACCGGCGCCCCGCCGUGGCCCGGCCGGCGGUUCUUCUCUCUGCGCUCCUCCCAGCGGUCAUUCCUCCUCUGGUCGCUGCUAUGGAUGCACGACCUGUCUGCAAGGGAUUCCCACAUGGCGGGGUUGGUGUGGGCUGCCCUCACGACACGCUCGCAGACAUCUUUGCAAUGCAGAGUUGGUCGGCCGCCAGGCCUGGUGCUGGAAAGCAGCUCCCCGUAGAGCCCGUCCCCGGGGAUCCUGCCAUCUUCCCUUCCGUGGACACGAGCAAGCCAGGCGGCGCUGAGGCAGGAGGGCGAAGAUGCCGGGAAUGGGGCUUCUCAGAGAUGCUCUUUCCCCUUUGGAAACCUGACACUGGGGGCAAAGACCGCCGCCCCUGCCCAGCGCAGCAACCCGGCUUGGAAAGGAGGCAGCGGCGGGGCGGCCUCGGGGGGGCCCAGCGCGUGGCCUCCGCUGGGGAUGCAUUGCCCCGCCCACCGCUGCAGCUGGUGCCCGGAGCCGGCGAUGCGGCGGCGGAGAAGGUGAGCGGCGGGGUCCCCCUCCACUUGGGGAAGCCCAGCCCUCUGGCCCGCGUCCUGGGUGGGGUGGGGGGUUGCGAGGGGGGAGGGAGCCGCCCACCGUCCAGUCUCGCGGGCGGCGCAGCCUGGUUGUUGUUCCUGCCGCGCGUCUCUAGCCGGGAGGUCCCUAAGCUGGAGACGGGCGGCGCCAGGUGCGCAGCGGCGCGCAGAGGACAGGGCGACGCUGCCCGGGUCGGGCGCCUUCGGGGGCUUUUUCCUCCGGCUCCGCUCUGGCCCUCGGGCUCCCGCCUGUUCGCUUGCCUCCAGAGCCUUGGGCAGUGGAGGGGGUUGCCGGGACUCCAAGGUGGCAGCGGGGCCGCGGGCGUGGGGCUGCCCCACUUUCUUGCCCUUCACCCCCGAAGCGGCUGCUGCAGAAUCUCCCUUUGCAGAAGCCGCGCCGAGUCUGGCCAGACGGCCGAGGCCUUAGCGGGCUCGAGGCUUUGUCCAUUUUAUAGAUGGGAAAUAGAAAGGUCAGACCUCGCCCCCGGAAAAGGGCUUCUUCAGAGAUGAGGGCACCCCCCCCCCCCAAGUCUCUGGAGCAGAAGCAAGCGGGGAAGGUCUGGUCGAUGCCCCUCAGAAAGGAGCUGGAAAACGAUCCAGGACCUCCCCUGCGAGGACAGCUUACAACGUUUAGGGCUCUUUGGGUUGGGGGAAAAAUUGGAUUUAAAUUGCAGGGAGAAGUUCGUGAAAUGAUGGAGGGUGUGGAGAGAGAGAGAAAGAGAGGAUCUCUUGGUUACUUAGGGAAAUGUAUUAGCCAAAUAAAUCAGGCCAAAUAAAAUCAAAUGUUCCUUUGCACAGUGUGUACUUGUGGAACUCAUUGCCACAAGAGAAUGGUGGUAAUGGCAAUUCUGGUAACUUUAAAAACAGUUUGACAUGCCUGGAGGAUGAAGAGGGCAGUUACAUGGGACCCUCAUUCUAGAGGCAGGAAACUGUUUGCUGGGGAGGGGGGAGAGGGGGGGGGGCAGUCUGCCUUCAGCUGCUCCAACCAGGCUGCCCUUUGGCCCUGACAAGCACUUGGCUACUCCAGCCACGUAGCUGACCCUGUGGCCAAAGCACUGAGCCAUGGCACCCCCAGGUGUCUCACCUUGCUGUGCCCAUCUCUCCGCAGACCCAUGGACCCCUGGUGCUGCCUGCGCCCCCCCUGGCGAUGGGGAUGGGGCUGUGCCUGGCUGAGCUUUGCUCUGCUGUGCCUGGCCACACUCUCCUUGCUCUGCCUGCAGUCCGGGCUCGUGCUGCGCUUGGCUCACCAUGGGGCAGGAGGACCCCCGACCUCUGCAGAUGCUGGUGUCUCCCGGAGCCUCCAGCUGCACUCCAGAAGCAACCGGACUCUUCAGCGGCUCCUGGGUGCUGGGCCUGCCAACCUUGCCUCUGCCCAGCAGGCUCCGUUGUGGCACUUCUUCCUCUCUGGCCUGUGGAGAUUCUGGCAUCGCCUUGCAGAGGGGCUGGGGAGGUCCUGGCAGGGCUCCAGGACGACUGUCCAGUUGCAGCCCCUGCCCUGGGCUGCCUGGCAGAAGAAGCUCUCUUCAGGGGUGCUGGGCCCCCGCCUUCAGCAAGUCUUCCAGAACUACCAAGCCAUGAAUAAGUACCGGGUGCCCCCGGGGGCCGCGCAGCACCGAGGGAACCCCCAUGCCACUGGGACAGAGCUCUUGUGCCAGCUCCAGAGCCGUGUGGCAGUGACCACGCUCCUGGGGGACGAGGGGCCCUUUGCAGACCCAGAGUGGAGGGGGCUGCUGCCCCGCAGGAGCCUGAGGCAGGAGCUGGGCCCCCUGGGGAAGUGUGCCGUCGUCAGCUCUGCUGGCUCCAUGUUGGGCUCCGGACUGGGCAAGGAGAUUGGUGAGUGCUGGUUGGGGGGGGAGCAUCCCGGCGGGUGGCUCUGGCACAGCCUCCAGGGGGUGAGGGGAUGCCUUGCCCUUCAGGAGAGGGCGCCAUGCGUCCUGGCACUCGGGAGCAUGAAGCAACCUGCCUCUCCUGUUUAUGGGAGUCACCCAGCUAUAGUUGGGUUUCAGAGCAAAAGAAGAGUGUGCAGGAUCAGUGGCCCAUCUAGGCCUGCAUCCUGUUCACAGUGGCCAACCAGGUGCCUGUUAUGGGAAGCUCACAAACAGGAUCUGAGAACAGGAUCCCUGAGUCUCUCCUCCUGAGUCCUGCUGGGUUCAGAGCAUGGCUGCCGCCGACUGUGGAGGCAAAGCAGAGCCCUUGUGACUACUAGCCAUUGAUAGGAGUUGUUCCCUUCAUAUCCCACCUCGUAUACCUGGCUCUCUCCUCUCCAUUUCAAGUAGUUUAGCAGCAGAGUGGCAGUGGCAGCAGGAGGUUCUCAGCUCCCCUUGGGCCUUGCAGGGGAGUCCUGGUUGGGCCUUUUGUGUAAAAUUCCAUCUGAGUUCUCACAGAAGGAGCUCAUUUCACAUCCUAGAAAUGUUAGCAGAGCAUUUCUGUUGGCAAAGUCUCAGGAGGAAACUCCUAACAAUACUUUACAGUUACAUAAUGAUAAAAUAAUAAUAAUACUGAAAUAAUGGGUAAUUAUCUGGUCUUCAUGGGAGUCUGCUUGAAAUGGGCCAUCUCGUUCCCCUGAUGAUGCAGCUGCCCUGGGACACGUCUUGAGCAGCACCCCCCCCCCCAGCAUGGCUGGCUCCCCUCUCCCCAGGAAGGGAGCUGCAGGUCUAAGAAGGGCCCUGGUUGGGUAGGGGUCUGCCUGCUCUCCCUCCCCCUGGCCCUCAUUUUCCUCCUCCUCUUCCUCCUCCUCUUAGACUCCCAUGAUGCUGUUCUUCGUUUCAACGGAGCCCCAACUACUGGCUAUGAGCAGGACGUGGGCACCAAAACUACCAUCCGCCUUGUGAAUUCCCAGGUGGGCAAUGAAAAGGGCGGGGACUGGGAGAGGACAGCAGGGUGUGGAUAUGGGUUUGGGCCAGAUAAAGGGAAAAGCCAAUUGGGGGCAGCCUAGUGGGGCUGCAGUGUGUGGGGUUAUGAGCUUUGGACUGCUCUGUAGCCACAAUCCCUGCCCUCCAGCUCUAGGGUGUGCUGAAGCCCACUGGCGUCAAGAGGCUUGAGGCACCUUCAAAACUAGCAAAUGUUAUUAAUUAUGAGAUGAACUUUUGUGAACUCAGGCCUGUGUCUUCAGGUGAGAGUUGAAUGGCCGUGAGAUGCAGAAAUCACAGCCAGUGAUCAUCAGAGCUUCCAUAAAAAGGCACACCUUCAGCCGCUUACCAGCAGAUUGGUGAAUAAUGCGCUCAUCUCGGCAGUGAACACCUGCCCUGGGUCAGGGAACCGUUCGCAAGGAGCAGUUGUUGACAGCACAGGAUGCUGGUGGCACUGGUGAACACAGUAGGAUCAAGAGCUGUUGUCUCAAUGUUACCCAAGAGUGAUGGCGCUGCAGUUACUGCCUUCGCCAGCUCCAGUGUGAGUUUGUGCUCUGGCUGAGGGGCACCUGUGCACUGCCAGGGCUUUGGACGUGGCAUCAAGGGGCCUUGCCCACAGAAGUCACCCCCAUGCUGCUCCUCUGCAGGUGGAAGGUGGGUGGGAGGGUGGGUGCGUGUGAGCACACACUCGGGUGCAAUAUGAGCAGCAGUACGUGCCAAGCAGCUCAGAGCAAAAGGCAUAAUUUCUCUCAGGGGAGCAACAAGAGGAUAGAAGAGGGAAGGAUGGCCUCUCUGAAAGUGCAGAGAAAGGUGGGGCUGCCCUCUGCCUGCCAGCCUGCCCUUCCCCUCUAGGCUUCAGUGAUCCCUGGGCAGGUAUUUGUGGGCUCUGGGCAAGAAAGCUGCACGUAAGGGCCAGCAACCCUGGGGACCUCUCCCUGCCCUCCCCUCUCCGCCUCUUCUUGCAUCUGAACAACAUUCUGAGAUCCUGGAGUCAGGCCCGUUCUGACCCGAUCCGCCCCCCUCUACCCCACAGCUGAUGGCUUCUCCUGAGCAGCAUUUUCUGGAUGACCAACUCUAUGCGCAGGGAGCCUUGGUUGCAUGGGACCCAGCCCCUUUCCCAGGGGACCUGCAGGAGGUGAGACCCUCUCUCUGCCUUGUGCUUGGGGCAGGACGAGAUCCGUGGGUGCCAGGGGAGGGCAGGGGCAUCCUCUGUGAAUUACACUCCCAGGACUUGAUGGGCUACUCUGGCACCUCCUGCCGGCUGUCAGGGCAGGGGAACUCCCUGCAAUUUCCCUCUGGCUUGAAGGAUGAAUGCCAUAGCUAGGAGGAAAUCAAGAGCCAGAGACCUUUGCACCAAAGAUGGUGGGGUGGGGUGAAGUGAAGCUCUGCUCUGCUCCACACUCCCCUUUCUCCCUCUCCCGGCAGUGGUUCGAGGCCCCCGACUACCCCAUCUUCAGACCCUUCCGAGCAAUGCGCUCCCAGAGGCCCCAGCAGCUCUUCCACCUGCUGCACCCGCGGGUGCAGUGGCAGCUCUGGGGGCUGGUGCAGGAAGGGGCGCCUGAGGCAGUACAGCGGAACCCACCCUCCUCAGGGCUGCUUGGUAAGGAAGGCACUCCCCUCCCUCGUGUCUCCCAAGGGUGCUCCCUUUUGAGUGGCCAAGAGGCACCCUUCCUCUUCCUCCCUUUUUACUCAGAGCUCCUCUGAGCCCUGCUUUCCUUCCUCUCACUGGUUGGGGGCGGGGGCGGCUGAUGUUACUCCAGGGCAUGAGGUGCAAGGCACUUUCCACAUUUUCAGGGGGACUCAUCAAGCACCAACUUUCCAGCCCUGGUGAAAUAAGUUUCCUCCUGGCCCCCUCCUCUGCCGCCAUGCAGGUCCUUCUUUGCAGCGGCCCCAUCUCCAUCUCUCCCUCUUCCAGGGACGGUGCUGAUGCUGUCGCUCUGUGACCUGGUCCAUGUCUACGAGUUCCUGCCCUCGCAGCGCCAGUCUUCACGGUGUCACUACUACCAGGACUAUGUGGAUGAGGCCUGCACGCUGGGUGCCUACCACCCACUGCUCUUUGAGAAGGACCUGGUUCGCCGCAUGAACCAAGGCUCGCCGGCUGACUUGGCCCGGCUGGGGCGGGUGACACUGCCUGGCUUCCGGGCCCUGAAUUGCACCCUGGAGGAGCAGCAGCCUGGCCAGGGAGGCAUGCCAUGAAGGGAACGGGAC